UUGGAGGUUAUGGUGUUAUGGUAUUUGCAUUUGGAAUUACAAUUGCAAUACUGUUUUCACCAGGAUUUGGUAUUGAAAAAGUACAUUUUUAAUCAUUAACAUGUCAGGCAGAGGAUGUAAGAAGCGCAUGCGAAGAGAAUACAGCCCAAAUGGAAGAGCAGAAGAUAAAUCCCGUAAACCUUCACGUCCACCUCAUUUAAAAGGAAAGGAAAUUGGUUUGUUUUACAAGCAGCGAAAUACUCAUAGACGUCUUCAAGAUAGAUUUGUGGCUACAGUUGUUAUUUCUGAUGCUAAACUGCUAGAGAUUAAAAAGAUGUUGAGAAAUAACUCCAUCGAAAACCUGUGUACAAUAGGUGAAGAACCAUAUUCUUUCAUGAAGGAUUCUUCAUUUAAAAGAGAGUUUUUAUCAUUAAUACAUGGUAACAUACUUGAUAAAUUAAAAACAUCUUGUAGUAAUAUAGUUCAAAUGCCAGUGAACGAUGAACAAUUUCUGGAAGAAUAUAUGGCGAAACAAGAUAAACCAAAAUAUAAAGAAAUGAUAAACCAACGCAAAAGACUGCCUGCGUUUAAAAUGAAAGAAGACUUAAUAAAAAUAAUUGAGGGAAAUCAAGUGGUUCUUAUAAGUGGAGAAACGGGAUGUGGCAAAACGACACAAGUCGCUCAGUUUAUUUUAGAUUAUUAUAUAGAGAACAAAAAGGGUUCCAUGUGUAAAAUCGUGUGUACACAACCUAGAAGAAUAAGUGCUAUCUCCGUAGCUGAAAGGGUAGCAGAAGAAAGGGCGGAGAAAUUGGGAAUGAGCGUUGGUUACCAAAUUAGACUUGAGAAGGCAUUACCUAGAAAGCGAGGCUGUAUAUGUUUCUGUACAACCGGAGUGGUGUUGAAGCAAAUGGAGUCAGAUCCCUGUUUAAGCAAUGUUUCUCACAUUAUUCUAGAUGAGAUUCAUGAAAGGAAUGUCCCGUCGGAUUUUUUAAUUACUCUACUAAAGGAAGUUCUCAAAGAGAGGAGUGAUUUAAAGGUAAUUUUGAUGAGUGCCACUUUAAAUUCUGAUGCUUUUUCAAAAUAUUAUGACAACUGCCCCCAUAUCAAUAUACCCGGGUUUACUUACCCCGUGACACAGUAUUUCCUUGAAGAUGUUUUACAAAGAACAAAAUUUGAAUUUUUUGAAAAUAAUGUUCCUGGUCGUAAUUCUUCUAAGCCUAUCUGGAGACAACAUCUUGAUAGAAAGAAAAUGAAAGAUAAUGAUUUUGUUAGUUAUGUCGAACCAUAUGCAAGGCAAUUAUGCAAAGAACAGAAGUAUGAUGAAGUGGUUUGUAGGCAGUUGAGAAAUCCAAAUAGUGAGCAAUUAAAUAUUAAUUUAAUUAAGGAACUGUUAUUGUACAUCUGUGAAAAGGAAGACAAAGAGGGUGCUAUUUUAAUAUUCCUCCCAGGAUUAAUGAACAUAUCUUCCCUCAACAAAUUACUCGAGAAUUGUGGAAAAUUUCCCAGUCACAAGUACUUAAUAAUUCCUUUACACUCCCAGAUGCCCACAGUUGAACAGAAGGAAAUUUUUAAUCCAGCCCCGAGAGGCAUGAGGAAAAUCAUAAUUUCUACAAACAUUGCCGAAACUUCGAUAACAAUUGAUGAUGUUGUGUACGUUAUCGAUUGCGGUAGAAUAAAAAUAUCAAAUUUUGAUGUCGCUACCAAUAAUCAGACUUUAUUUGCUGAAUGGGUAAGUUUAGCGAAUGCCGAUCAGAGGAAAGGUCGAGCUGGUAGAGUAAGGCCUGGUGUCUGCUUCCAUUUGUUUAGUAAGGCGAGAUACCAGAUUCUGGAAAAAUAUCAAAAACCUGAAAUACUGCGUAUGCGACCAGACGGUACCAUCUUGACAGCUAAAAUACUACAGUUAGGGAAGGUAGAGCCGUUCUUCCAAAAGCUAAUGGACCCACCCGACCCCCAGGCUAUCGCCUUAUCCCUGAACCUUCUCCGGAGGAUAUACGCCUUGGAUGGAAAUGAAAAUUUAACACCUCUCGGUUUCCAUCUGGCUAAAUUACCACUUUCACCGCAGAUAGGGAAGAUGAUACUUUUAGGUGCCAUUUUCAGCUGUCUAGAUCCCAUACUGUCAGUUGCCGUUUCCUUAGACUUUAAGGAUGCAUUUCAAAUACCCCUCGGAAAGGAAGCGCAGGUCGAUUUGAAGAGGGUGGAGUUGGCCGGUGACUGGCUGAGUGACCACUUGCUUCUCCAUAAGGCUUUGGAAAUGUUUGAAACUGAGAGUAACCCAACCCGGUUUUGUAGGGAGUACUUCUUAAGUCCGUACAUCUUAAGACUGCUCCAGAAAAUGAAGAAAGACUUCAUGGGCCACUUGGCGGAACUCAAUUUUGUGAGGGAUAUAAACUCAAAAAAUCCAGUUAACAAUAAGAAUUCCAAUAAUAAAGCCUUGAUCAAAGCAGUGGUAUGUGCUGGAUUAUAUCCCAAUGUUGCCGUUAUUUCAAGGGGGAAAAAAAUACAAGUAAUGGGAAAUAGAAGAACUUCCAAACUCCACAUGAAAUCAGUAUUGUCUGAUGUGAAGUACUACGACUAUCCCCUUUUGGUCUACUGGGAAAAAAUUAAAACUACGUCGGACUUCAUACACGACGCCUCUCUGGUGCACCCGUUGCCAGUUAUAUUAUUUGGGGAUCGGUUUAGACAUAUUAUAAAAAAUGGCGAGAAUGUUAUAACCAUUGGCGAUGACCUGUUAUUUAAAGCACAAGAAUCGACGGUUAAUGUUAUCGAAGAGCUUAGAAGAAAAUUGAACUGGUUCUUGGGGUACAAAAUUAGCCAUCCUGGUGUGGUAAAUUGGAAUGGUGACAACGAUGAAAUCAGAAUUCUUAGAGCUAUAAUGGAACUGAUAACUAUUGAGGAGAUUGAAGAUAUAUGUGAAAAUGAUGAUGAAGAUGGCGAUUCUUCCGAUUAAUUCUUCGAAACUUAGAAGAGAUUGUAACAAAAUGUGUAUGUGGGACACAUUUGGAUAUUACUUAGUUGUAUCAUAAUGUUUCUCUCUCUGUUUAAUACCAACAACAUUUUUUUACCUCUUAUCAGAAACUGUUCUUUAUUUUGCUGUGAUGCUAAAAAAAUAAAUACUUUGUU